UCAACCUGUCCCCACAUGUCAUCUCUCCUCACCACGAACCGUUGCUCAAAUAUCCAAGCACUGAAGGACCAAACCACAAAUGCCCGCAUCCAUCUAGGGCACCCACCCCUCGAAGCGAUCGACCACCGUCCAACCCAGAUCCAACGGGCGCGCACCCAUCCGCUCGCCUUUUUUAACACCUCAAAACCCUACCUCGGGCUGUUUCUCUCCCCGCCGUCGCCUUCCUCCCUCGCCCUUGCCUCCCCGCCGCCACCCAACCCAAGCACAGAGCUCCCGGCUUCUCCCCCCUACGAGGCAAGGAUGGUGAGGGUUAGCGUCCUGAAUGAUGCUCUCAAGAGCAUGUACAACGCUGAGAAGCGUGGCAAGAGGCAGGUCAUGAUCAGGCCUUCCUCAAAGGUGAUCAUCAAGUUCCUCAUCGUCAUGCAGAAGCACGGUUACAUUGGUGAGUUUGAGUAUGUUGAUGACCACAGAUCUGGCAAGAUUGUUGUGGAGUUGAACGGCAGACUGAACAAGUGUGGAGUCAUCAGCCCCCGCUUUGAUGUUGGUGUCAAGGAGAUCGAGGGAUGGACCGCCAGGCUGCUUCCAUCUCGUCAGUUUGGUUACAUCGUCCUGACAACCUCUGCUGGCAUCAUGGAUCACGAGGAAGCCAGGAGGAAGAACGUUGGUGGCAAAGUGCUAGGCUUUUUCUACUGAGCGGAAAUUUUGUGAAAGUUGUAUUUCAGACCGGUGUGAUAGGAUGUUAUCUCAGGACAUCAAGGUUGUCUACUUUUUGCCUGCAUAGCUGCUAUGCCUUUGUUAUGUUAUGUUGGAUUCAGUUAAUUAUGAGAUGCACUUUGGUCUUA